AUGACUGAAACUACUCCUAUUGAAACUGCCCCAUUAUCUGAAGAACAACAACCAGUCUCCUCCCCUGAGACCACUACUACCGAUUCUGGUUCUGAACAAGAACAAGAACAAGAACAAUCCCCAGCAACUUCUGCCAGCAACAACAUCGUCACUUUGAAAUUAUUACUCUCGUUAGCUGAAUCCGCCGCAAUAAUAGGUUUAAAGGGUGCCAGAAUUCAAGAAUUGAAAUCUACAAACCAUGUAAACAUUAACAUCUCAGAAAAGGUCCCUGGCUGUUCCGACAGAAUCCUUACCUGCAAGGGUACUCUUUCGGGCGUCGCUAACACAAUUAAAGACAUUACUGUGGUCCUUAACAAGGAAAUUACCACUCCAGCGGACAAACCAUCCACUUUCCAAUUCUUGAACUCCAAAAUGGCUGAACCAACAUUAUCAGACUUCCAAACUUUGGAAACUCUCGACCAUGUGAGAAGCGUGAGAUUAAUUCUUUCCAAUGUCAAAAUCUCUACCAUUAUAGGGAAACAAGCAGCUACUUUCAAGAAGAUUUGUCAUGAUAACGACGUUAGAAUGGUCGCCACGAGAAACUUCUUGCCCGAUAGCAGAGAACGUAUCCUGGAAAUCCAAAGUGAUCCGGAACAUAUCAAGAAGGCCGUAUUGGAUAUCUUGGAGAUAAUAACUGAUAAUAGUAACACUGCGUUGGAAUUAAAUGAAAGAAUAUAUACUCCACAUGUCGGAAGGGCCCCCAAUGCAUCUCAUUCAAAUCAACAAUAUCAGGCGGUCGUGAUGGUCCCUGAGUACCUUGUUGGUGCUAUGAUGGGUCAUGGUGGAUCUAGAAUUGCAAACUUGAGAAAGUUUACCAAGACGUCUGUGAAAAUUGAAAAAAACGAAGAGGAUGAAACAAAGAGAAAGUUCACCAUUUUGGGGAACGUCGAAAAGAAUGUCAAGUCCGCUGAAACUAUGAUGAUGAGAAAUUUGGACGCAGAAAUUGAAAGACAUCAUGAAAGAAGAAGUCAUGAUGAAAAUAAGAAUGAAAAUGAUAAAUCAGAAACUACCACUGCUGAGGAAACUUCAAAUAAACCAAUCGCAGUGGAAUUUUAG